CACCUGUCACCAGUAAACAACAGACUCGUAUUUUUGUGUAUUUUCAAAUUUUAAGUUUUAACGAUCCUCGAAUCGUAUACAUGUUGAUUGAUUUUGAGGUUUCUAAAAAGGUGCAAAAAAAUUAACAGCGAAAGUAUCAUCUUCAAAAUGACCUCGGCAGCCCAAAAAAGCAAAUCAGCGAUAACUCUCAAAGGCUCAUCCGCAAUAGUCUGUGACUAUUUGAACUUUGGCAUCAAUUCCAUUUUAUUUCAACGAGGCUUGUAUCCCCCUGAAAACUUCACAGCUGAAGAGGAAUAUGGUUUAACGAUUUUGAUGUCCACUGAUAACAAAAUCAAACAUUUCCUCACCACUACAUUGGGAAAACUGAAAGAAUGGUUAGCUGAGAAGGUUGUGAACAAAGUUGCUUUAGUGAUAACCAAUGUAAAAACACUGGAAGUCAUGGAAAGGUGGGAUUUCAUAGUUGAAUAUGAAGCAGACUCCAAGGGUGAAGCUGAGCAAGUAUCUGAGAAGCCCUUGAAGCAAAUCAAGAAUGAAAUCAGGGAUGUCCUCAAACAAAUAGCAUCAUCUGUAGCCUACCUGCCACUUUUAGACUGUCUAUGCAGUUUUGACAUUCAAAUUUAUACAAAAGACAAUUUGCAGAUGCCAGAUGAAUGGGCAGAAGCAGAACCUGCUCAUAUAAAGAAUGCACAAACUGUAAAAAUGAGGUCAUUCUCCACACAAUUACACAAGAUGGACACUGUGGUAACUUACAAAAAUGAAGACUGAUUAUGAUUUCUCUUAAUUUCUCAAUGUUCAGUAUUGUAUUUGAACUAUUUUAUGUGAAUAAUGUAAGUAAAUAAUUUUUCCUAGUUUUAGUAAAAAAAAAUAUGAAUUUUAUGAAAUUGUUUUUUUUAUGAAUCUUCUCAAUUUCUGAAAACUGAUGUAAUACCAUUGAUGGAUACAAAAAUCAAAAAUUAUUGACAUUGCUUGCAGUUUUUUGGGAAGAAAUUUACCACCCUUGGUAUAGGAAAUAAUGAGGAUUUUGUCACUAUUUUAUGUUUUUAUUUAGUUAUUGUCACUGAAUACAUUUCAUAAGUAGAUAGUUUUUGCAGUAAAUACCUGUGAAUAUACCUGGUGACACAGGCUCAUGGUAUACCCCUCUUUUCUUUCUUGUUCUUUAAGCUAUAUUUCUGAAAUUUGCAACAUUGAAUAUGCUCACUAGAGGGCACAAUCUCACUCUUUAGGAUUAUUUUUCAUCUACUGGUUUUCCUGCAAAUGACAUCAACUUUCAAUUUUUAGAUGGAGCAAAUUCAACAAUACUGGGUUUGAUUGGGUUAUCUCGAAGGAUUACAAAAAUAUUUGCAAAUAUUGUAAGUGUUCCAUUUGAAAAUCGAAAAUUUAUGUCAUUUCUAGGAAAACUGGAAGAUGAAAAAAAAAAAACGAAAAUGUGAGAAAAAGCCCUCUAGUGAACUUUUUUGAUGUUCCAAAUUUCAGGAUAAUGCUAGAAAACCAAAUGAGAAAAGGUUGAUACCAUGAGUCUAUGUUCACAUUUUUAUCUUUGUCUCAAAAUUAAAAGGGCUGUUAUGGAAUAUUUGAUCACCUACAUAUUAUGGCAAUGUGAAACUUUUAAAUUCAUGUUUUUUAUUAGGUAAAUGUUGCAGCAUUAGCAAAUUGCAAGAAUAACAAAUAAUAAUACAUUUCUGACUAUACUAAUCUCAUUUAUAUAAUUUUUACAGCAAAUAAAUUAUUUUUCAUACAUUUUAUCACAUCCAUAGCUGACCUAAACUUGUUAAUAAUUAUAACCUAAACAUUUAGGUAUUUUAUAUUUUAUUACUAGGCAAAAUGACUGCUGGAAAUGGUAGAUAAACAUUAACAUAUUUUUUGCCUGAAAAAAUAUGAAAUGUAAUAUCGAAAGUACUUCCCUUCAAGCAGUAUUAACAUGUUAUCAACCUUGCCUUGCACUAAAAUAUAUUUUUGCAUCAACUAACAAUUUAGUUGCAAGGAACACAUUUUCCUCACAAUUCAACAAAUCUUGUACAUCCUCUUUUAUACCAUAUAAUUGUAUACAGGGUGAGUCAACGGUAUCUGUGAACGAUAGGAAUAAAUAAUGAUCAUAAUUUUCUGACAUCAAUUUCAGAAAUAUGUAUUCAGCCUAAAUAAACCAUUAUUUAUGAUUAUCAUAAUUAUUUCUAGAGAUUUGCAAGAAAUUGGAACUAUUGACUCACCGUGUACAAAUAGUAAUUAUUCAUAGCUUAUAAAUAAAUAAAUCUCACCUGCACAAUAAAAAAACUUAACUAUAUCACGAUAAAUAGCCUCCGUGAGAUUCAAUAAAGAGUUAUACUUACAUAUCGACUAUUCACCGCUAUCACAUAUUGCGAGUAUUCUUGAAUAAUACAGACAUUUAUACAGAUUGCGCGAAUACACCAGGCUAGAUUUACAGAAAAAAAUAUUGUAACUGAACACUGAAUAGUGUUUUCAACACAUCUAUAACCGUUCAACUCCUAAUUGAGACUGGAAUGGUCCGUUCAAGAACGUGUUUUUGUGUGUUCACACCCACUCGAUCGUUCGUGUGCAUCGUGUCUUCCGUUUAAGGUUCGAUAUCGCUUCCUAUAGGUCGCGUGCACGAAGACCGACCCUGGAGGCAAAAUAUUGAAACACAACCUCAUUCUUCUGUGAAUUAUUGAAACACAACCUCACUUUUUUAUUUGGUUACAAAGGAAUCAAAAGGUUGAAAUAGUUUUUCACAAUAUUUUGGCAUACGAAUCGUGUUUCUUGCGUUAUUCAUUAAUUCAAGCAUGCCUUCGCAUUGUGCUGUUGUACAAUGCACAAAAAAUGCAGCAAGAGACUAGGGAAUAUGAUUUUUCAGGUAAAUAGUAAUCUCACAUAGUUAUCAUUAUGAAAUGUUGUCAUUCCUUAUUAAAAUUCCUUCUGCCUUCUGCCACUUCUGCAAUACAAGCUAAUGCUGCUAAUAGAUUGAAAAUGUCUACAACACACACGAUCGUCAGCAUGUCAGACCAGUCCUCCAGAUUGAUUGCAUGUACCCAAUCUUCUUGCAUUAUUUUAGAAAUUUCAGGUGUAUUUCUAUUAGCUCCUAUCGCAGAAGGAAUUCCGAUGAAAAAUCAGAGAAAUUAUCAAAUUUCAAAAAUGAAAACUAUAUGUGAGUGACUAUAGUAGGUACUUACUUUUGAAUCAUAAUGUACCAUCCGGAUUUCUUCAUCUUCCGCUGCAGUUUUUGUGCAUUUUACAACAGCACAAUGUGAUGGCAUUAGCGAAUUGAUGAAUAGCGGAAAAAUACGAUUCAUAUGCCAAAAUAAUUGUGGAAAACUAUUUCGAUCACUUGUAAACAAAUAUGUUUUGCCUCCAGGGUCGGUCAUCUGACAGUUCUUGCACGCGACCUAUGAAUCCCAGAAGUUCCACCAGGUGCUCAUGCACCCUGACAGUGACAUAAUGGUGUGCAAAAUAAUCAAGGCAUACAACAUAAGAUUGCAUGAAUUCAAAAUAAAAAAUUCGAAUCGGGUGUCAAUUCAGUUGAAAAUAAUGAAUGGCAUCUAACACGAAAUUUAAUAUCGGAAACAAAGUAGAUUACUGAAAUUUUUGUGUCCUACCUGAAUGUGUCCCCGCCUCCCUUUAUCAUCGUGAUUGUCAACGUCAAAACUAAUCUGGAAUAAUUUUUCGCGAUAUUUUUUAAUUUUGUGCUCAUUUUCUGUUUAUAUCAACAAAACACAGGGUGGCUAAGAAAACAUAUUUUUUUUAUGAAUGGAUCUAAAUUCGAUAAUAAUAUAUUAAUGAUAUAUCUUUUUGAAUUGAUGAGCUUAUUCAUUAUAUUAAAAAAAUAUAUAUAAAAUCAUUUCAUUCAAAAACGGAACUUUUUCGGUCAUCCUGUUUUUUGUUGAUAUAAAGUAAAAGUGAGCACAGAUUCGAAAAAUUCGAGAACAAUAAUUAUUCCAGGAAUAUUUUUUGAAUAACUGAAAAAGGGGGGUGACAUUUAAGUGAGACACCAUGUACCUAUACCUUUUUGCUUUUUGAUAUUGUAAGUUCUUUCUAUAUGAUGAGUAUAAUAUAUGUUUAUAUAAUUUUCGAAUUAUGAUAAUAUUCGUCUCAAUUUGAAAUUGAAAAGAUAUAGUUUGUGUAUUGACUGUAUAUGAAUAUAUAGUAGGCACCUACAACAAAAUCAGGAUGUGUUUGGAAGUACAUACAGGAUGUUUCAUAAUAUGUGCGCAGAACUGCAGGAUGUGAUAGCUCAUCCAAAAAUAUGUUAAAAGUUUACAGUAACUAACCCUCUGAAAUGCAGCAUUUUCGAGAUACAGGGUUUUGAAAUAAAAAAAAAUAGUCAUAAUUGAUGAAGAUUCUGAAAGGGUAGUGGGUGUUUUUCGCCCCAACUUCUACGCCACUGAAAAAAUUGAAUUUUGAGCCGCUUAUGAGAAUAUUUUUUAAAUUUCGCUGUUUUCUGUGCGAUAAACAUAAUUUCAACACUCUAUAUCUCGAAAAUGGUGCUUUUUAGGGGGUAAGUUGAGGACACAAUUUUUUUCUCCAAUUUUUAAGCGAACUAGCUAAUCCUGAAGUCCUGCGCAUAUAUUUUGAAACACCCUGUAUAAUGAAUUCACCCUAAAAAAAAAAUACCUGCUACAUGCUCAGUUCAGUGUAUUAAUUCUGGAAGGCACACUUUUCUCAUCAUAUUAAAUUUUUUAUAAUCAUACAUAUUUGAAUAAAAAUUGUCAAAUCAGCAUUCUUGUUCUUCAAAUGGGACUCUUUAAUUGCAUAUAUUAGGUGGUAUCGAUCGACCUCCGUCAAACCUACAUGGUAUAAACAUUUUUUUUUCGAAAUAUUACCCUGAAGAUGAGAAAAAAUGUGCCUUCAGUAUUUUUCCUGUCCAUGGAGCUAUUUGAAAUUUGAUGAUUUGGGAGAUGAAAUGAUUUUUUUUAAUUUUCAAAAUUCUUACUGUAAUAAUAAAAAAUUGAUAUUUUUUUGAAAUCGUAGGUACUUGUAACGUGAACAAAAUCCAAAACCGGCAAUUACAAAUAUAUAAGCAACUUUCAUGAGUAGGUAUAUACAUACAUACAUAAAAAUUCAUCACAAUAUCAACAGGUUCAUUCAAAUGUUGAUAACAUUCCUGUGUAGGUAUGGUAGGUAGGUACAGUUUUUUCAGAGUAGGUAUUAUUCAAAUUGAUGACAUAAACAUUAUUGGUUUUUAUAAAAAAAUAACGUCAGGUUCACAUUAUUUGAAUUUGAUCAUUGGGUCAUUGUUGCAGUUUUUGAACAAAUUUCUAAGCCUACUUGUCACUUGUCCUUUGUAAUCUGAAAUAUUCAUAUCAAAUUUCUCCAUCUAUCUUUUUGGUACCAACUUCUGUCACUAUGGGAAGUGUCAACAGUGAAAACCAAAGUACAAAAGACAAUUCGCCAAGAAUAUUUGUUUUCCAUUUUCAUGUUGAAAACGGGAGCAGAUUCGUUUCCGAAACGUCCUAAGAGAAGUGACAUUUCAUAUUUUUCAAUAUACUCAUAUAUAUAUUUCUUCAAACAUUUCUCAAAGAAGUUGUCACUGACUAUCAAUCGAAUUUUUCUUUUAGGUUCGUAAUAUUGCAUUUUCUAUCGCAUUGAGAUUUUUGGAAAUAUCUGAUUUGUCCUUACUUUAUUGAAAUAACACAUAUUUUUAUUCAUAGAGAAGAGGAGAGACAAUCACAAAAAAAAUUUUAAGGGUAGUAAUUGAGUAUACCUACCUACAUAAACCACACUUAGGGUUUAGGAGACACUCAAAUGAACUAUUUCAUUUUGCGUAUUAUGUUUAAACUCUGCAUCCAUAAAAAUUGCCAUGUAUAUAUUCACAGGGUAUUUAAAAGUUGAAGUUUUUCUAAACACGACAGCAAAUCAGUCAAAUCCUGUGAGUAAAACUACUAUACUAAAAUGAAAGAAAUACACUCGUCAUGCACGUUUCAAAUCAUUCGAACUAUUUGUUAAUUUUGUAUCGACCUUCAUGUUUAUAUUUUCAUUAUUUUUCAGAAUAUUAUCUAUGUCGCUAUAAUAUAGAAACACCGUCAACUUGAAAAACACCCUGUAUAUGUUUUUUGUUCAUAGUUAUUUGUGCUGCCACAGUUUCAUAACGUUUUGUUGAAUACUGUCAUAGUGUCAUAUAAAUGUAUAUAUGCAUGGUAAGUAAACGUAGGUACCUAAAUUCUUCGAGUAUUUACAAUAUCCACUACUUUUAAUGCAAAUAAUCUUUGGUAUAGUUUCCACUGCAUGGAGUUUUCUUUCCGUUUUUUCCCCAUUUUCUGCAACCGGGCAUUUCAAUAAUCAUUUCUGUUUUGCCUACCAUGUUCAUGAUUCUCCAUGUAUUAG